ACAGCCCAGUACCUCCAUUACGCCAGGGGGGCCACUUUACUGCUCUUUACGCUAUGGACAGCACUGGGGGGGCAGGGGGUGUGCCUUGGACCAGGACUGUGGUCUCACCAUUGGGCAGCAGCCAGACCCCCACCACCACUCCCACUGUACUGCUGGUAGUGUGGCCUCAGGCCUGGUGCACUUCCUGGACAGGGGCAGACCUCACCCACACCCUGGCCACUUACCUGUUCCUACCUGGGCAUAUACCCUGCCCUUCCCACCACCUCCACGGUUGCCAAGGGAACAGGUUCCAAGGGGCUUCCACAAUGAACCAGAGCUAUACCAGGCCAUGUGGGCACUGCCAGACCCUCCUGCCCUGUCACACCCUCACCUUCCUGGGCCACAAGCUGAGAGCCAAGAGCGGAAGAAAGCCAGCCAGGACCCAGGUGGAAGAACCCUUUGAAGGCAGGCCAUCCAGGGGGUCAGGGGCUUGUUGGGAGGGGCUGGGAGACCUGCCACAGAAUGCCACCAUGAGGUUGACAAGAAGGCCCAGGCAGUGGCAGCCCUCCACUGAGCCAAGGCCGUGUAGCCAUCUGGCCCUGGCUGGUCUGCUGAGCUCUUGGCACCCCUGGCCCAGGCAAAUGGGUCCUGGGAAGGGACCGGCAGUCAGGGACUGUCCAUCUGCUCAUUUCGGGGCUGAGCCGGAAGAACAAUUCUGGACACUCAACCUCAGACAGCCACCUGCCCCCCUCUGGUGGUGUCCUGGAGCUAAGCCCGGUGGGGCUCAGUAGCCCCAGGGUCAGGCCUAGUUUCAGCGGGCUCUAGAUGAGCUCUGCCCCUUUAAGUGCAGCUUCCGCCGUAGCCGCCGGGGGCAGCACUGAGCGGCCGGCCGGCCGGCAAGCGGCGCUGCUGCCUCGAAGCUUCUGCCGGCGCCGGGGACGCGGUGGUGCCAGGUUGGGGGCUGCGCAGCCCACUGAGGUUCUGGCGACGGAGCAGCGCCAGGUGCCACUCAAGGCGGCAUGGAAUCGGCGCUCGAGGCCACGGCCCACAGGCGGGGCUGCUGCCCCCACUGCAUCCCAGGGUGGAAGCCCUGCCAGGCUGAGUGAGCUGGAGCCGCCAGCCUGGGGACCUCCUUUAAGAUGACCCGCACGGACCCGCCAGACCUGCUGGUGUCAACCGUGUACCAAGACAUCAAGGUGGCGGCCCCGGACCCCGCAACGCGACGGCCGACAUGUGAACGCCCCAUGGCCCGGCCAGCAGCGCCCGUGCCUUUCAACAAGCGCCACUGCCGCAGCUUCGAUUUCCUGGAGGCGCUGGACGGGCCGGCCAUGGAGGGCCACGGAGCGCGCGGGCGCCCGGAGCCGCCACGCCCCGAGCCCGCAGCACCUCGGCCCCGGCCCCGAGACGGAGAGACGCGGCGCCGCGCUCGCUCCAAGAGCGCGCCUCGCGCGCCCCCGGGCCUGGCCCCGGCCGCGCCCGCCUCCCCCCCAGUGCUGACGCGGCGGGGCAGGGACGCCCAACGGGCACCGCGGACUGAGGUGUCUCCGCGCCGGGAACCUGCCUACCCCGCGCUGCGCGCGCUUGCCAACGAGCUGCACCCCAUCAAGCUGCAGCCUCAGCGGGGAGGCCCGGGCCGCAUUGCACCCCUCUGCGCCGCCGCCGGCCGCUGCCCACCACCAGAGCUGCCCCCAGGGCCCGCCCCGCACGUCCGCUGCCGUCUGGACAUCAAGCCGGACGACGCGGUGUUGCAGCACGCUGCUCGGGGCCCGAGGUCCUCUGGGCCCGCGGACGCUGCGCUCUGGGCCCGCGGCGCCCCGCAGCUGCACGGCCUGCCUGUGCCCGGCCCCCCUCGGCAUGUGACGUUGUCCCGCACGCCCACGCCCAGCGACUCGUACUGUGCCGACCCCAGAGCACUGUACUACGAUGGGCCCCUACCCGGACCCCGGGACUACGCCGAGCGCCGCAGCCUGGCCUUCGCCACCCCGCCCGGCCCCACGCAGUUCUUCUACACGGAGGAGCCGGAGGGCUACCCCAGCGGCUUUACGGUCAGCCCAGGCCCGCCCUUCGACGGCUACUGCCCCAGACCAUACCCGUCCGAGGAGCCGCCGGGCCCCAGCCCGCGGCACGUGGGCGGGUACUACUCGGGGGACCUUCACUCCUUCCCGGUCCAGGAGCCACCCUCCCGCUCCUACUAUGGCGAGGCGCCCCACACCUAUGGACCGCGCUAUGUAGCCGCGGAGGAGCCCCUGGCCCGCCCCGCUACCCGCCCCUUCCGCAUGGAGGAGUGGGGGCGGUACCGGGACCGGGACGUCCUGACUCGGACCUACCCUUACCCGAGAGGCAGCCCAGCCUGGGGCGACUGGGGACCGCGGCCUUACCGCACCCUGCAGGUGGCCCCACCCCCGGACGCCGAGCCCCUGCUCGCUUCUUGGCAUGGCGGCACGGGCACCAGCCCACCCCGACUGGUCACUGAUAGCCGCCACUACUCGCGCUCCUGGGACAACAUUUUAGCGCCUGCUCCUCGCCGGGACGACCCGUUGGGCCGAGGCCGCAGCUAUGAGAACCUGCUGGGGCGAGAGCCGCACGCCACAUCUCCCGAAGGCCGGCGCCCGCCUGUCGUCGUCAACUUGUCCACCUCGCCCCGGCGCUACGCGGCGCUGUCGCUGUCCGAGACGUCGCUGUCCGAGAAAGGCCGUGCUGGGGAGGGCCUGGGCCGCGCCUGGUACGUCACCCCCGAGAUCACCAUCACCGACAACGACCUGCGCAACGCGGAGCGUCCGUCAGCCCGGGCCUGGGAGGUGCCCGGGGGCCGAAAGCGGCCGCCCCCGCCCCCGGCCGCCGACGGCCCUGCCCCCGGCCGCCAGCGCAGCCUAGAGCAGCUGGACGAGCUGAUCACAGACCUGGUCAUCGACUCCAGGCCCGCGGCGGGGCCGGCCGCCGAGCGCGCGGAUGAAAGUCCGGGCGGCCAGCUCCGGCGCGUGCUGGACCUGCGACCCGCGGGCCCCGCGCUGGCGCCGCCGCGUUCACCUCCUGCCUCCGCCGGGAGCGGCGAGGACCAGGCUGGGUCGGGGGAGGCUGCAGACGCGUCGCCAGAGCCCAGCGCGGACGAGGACGACCUCAUGACCUGCUCGAACGCGCGCUGCCGGCGCACGGAGACCAUGUUCAACGCCUGCCUCUACUUCAAGUCCUGCCACAGCUGCUACACGUACUACUGCUCGCGCCUGUGCCGCCGCGAGGACUGGGACGCGCACAAGGCGCGCUGCGUGUACGGUCGCGUGGGCAGCGUGUGUCGCCACGUGCUGCAGUUCUGCCGCGACAGCGGCCCGGUGCACCGCGCCUUCUCCCGCAUUGCGCGCGUCGCGGGCCUGGACCAGGACGGUGAGGCUGGCCGCCGAGCGCGCGAGGUAGCCUUCAUUCACAUCCAGCGAGAGCUGCGCCUGCGCGGCGUCUUCCUGCGCCACGAGUUCCCCCGCGUCUACGAACAGCUCUGUGAGUUCGUGGAGGCCAACCGGCGCUUCACGCCCACCACCAUCUACCCCACCGACCGGCGUACGGGCCGGCCGUUCAUGUGCAUGAUCAUGGCCGCCUCUGAGCCGCGCGCGCUUGACUGGGUGGCCAGCGCCAACGUGCUAGACGACCUGAUGUGAGCCUCAGGGCGUGCCAGCCCGCUAGAGCCCUGCCGCGGCUCCGACGCCCAGGCCCCUUCGACUUCCCCGGGGUCGCUUUAGGGUGUCCCCCGGCUGCGCCCACCCACCCAAGCCCCUCCCCGAGCCCGUCUUCCCAGGCUCCAACCCCACUUCCGCACUCCUGCCCGCCAACGCAGGCCCCGCCUCUUCUAUCCGAAGACCUCUCACCAGACGCCCAUACCCCCUUCUUACUGGUCAUCUCGACCCAGCGUGCCCCAGGGCCUCCGAGCCGGUCCUCAGCCGGUUGGUGCUCCCCGCGGGAGGCGGGGUGGCCUGAGGACUCACCGGCCCUGCUUUCAAGUAGACGAGGGCACUACCACACAGACCCUGUGUCCAGAACACGGAUCUCAGACCCAGGGGUCUGAGGACUCGCUCUUCCAGGAGCCUGGCACUGACCAAAGCCCAGGGUGCCCGGCCCCCAUAGUUCAGAGCAGGACAGGGGGGCCGGUCGCACCUAACCAGGAUCUGGCAUGUCGUGACCGCCUCGGUGUGGAAGGUGACCUAUUGCUGAGCCUUUUUUCAUGCGACAACACCUGCAGUAGCUUGGCGAUGCCCUGCGGGGCACAUGGUGCUGUCUGCUGGUCCCGGCCCUGACCUCCAGGACUGAGACCAAGUCUGGCCCUCAUGUGGGCAAUCCUGUAUCCUACUGUCCCUUCGAUUUCUGCAUUACGUCCACCCUGGCCUGGGCCUGCAGGGUGAGGGGGGGAAACAACUGGUACAGGCGGAGAUCUUAAGGCCACUGCAGGCUACACGCAGUCAGAGGGCAGGAGGCCAAGGCAGGGAAAACAAGAGUGAACCAGCAGGGCCUGGAGUCAGUUCAGGCGCCAACACCAGGGACAGUGACAGGGUAUAUCCCUGACACCCACUGCAGGCAUACGUGCGAAGGAUGAUGGUCCAGGAUGUAACAGGGUGGGGCCACAGAUGCCAGUGAAGCCAGGCAACAGAUGCGGGACAGACAGCUAGUUGGCCAGGCUGGGGAUCUGAUCCCACAGUCGCUAGGAGGCCAGAGCCUGACCUCAGCCCCACCCUCAGGAGCUUAGGGCUCAGAGGAUCCACGGAGGGCAGUGGUGACCCCAGAGGGGAUGACUCCAGGCCAUGGAGGGGUGAGACCUGGAGUCCUGACAGAUCUUUGUGAAUGACCACACCCACCCCGCACUCCCCCAAAAAACGCCUUCCUGUGGUCUUCUCCCCGUGUCUCCGCCCGCGGGUCCUGCACUUGUUCCACGAGCUCCUUUGCAUGGGCCCUGCCGGCCCGCCUCCACCCCCCCGGGGUCCUCUACCUUCCACCCCCUCGCCCGAGGGUCAGGCUGGAGCGAUUGUGCCCAGAGGGCAGGCGCUUUCGAACUGAGUAAACUAGAAAUUGAAUGUAA